AUGUCGAAGACUAUUUAUGGCAAUAUCAAUGCUGGUACUAUGAGGAGUGCUAAGAUAGAACCUCAGCAUGAGAUUAUAACACAAGGAAGUGAUUCAAAGAAGAUCAGCAACUCCAAAGCAGUUCCAGUGUGUUUGGUGCUGCUGUGUUUUCUUCUGCUGACUGCUGUCAUAGUGCUGAGUAUCCAAGUCUUUACAAACGUCGACCCGUUUCAAAUCAAUAGCAAAAACUUCAUGAAAGAAAAAUAUCAAUUGCAAACAAAUAUUACUGACCUGGCAGAAGAAAGAGAUGAGCUACUCAUCAAGAACUGGAAUUUGACAAAGGAAAGGGAUGGAUUAUUAACCAAGAAUGACAACCUGACUAAACAAAGAGACCGGUUCAGUGAUGAAAGAAAAGUACUUUGGAAGAAGCUUAGUGAAACAGAUGGAUGGUUGUACUCUAAAUACAGUCUUUACUUCAUUUCCUCUGAGAAGAGAAGCUGGGCCGACAGUAGAAGAUACUGUACAGAGAGAGGAGCAGAUCUGAUCAUUAUAGGCAACAGGGAGGAACAAGAGUUUGUGAACAAGAUUUCACGUAAUGAUGAAUUCUGGAUUGGUCUGACUGACAGUGAUGAGGAGGGCAGUUGGAAAUGGGUUGAUGGCACCAAUAUGAUGUCUAGGUUCUGGAAUUCUCGAGAGCCCAGUGGACAGAUUUGGGAAAACUGUGCUAUAAACUCUUCACCUGGAUGCCACAAUGUGAACAGAGAUUUUGCAGCUGAUCAUGAGACAAUGAACUUUGUAGUCACACAGUGA